AUGUCUGAUGAUAUUACCAACAUGCACAUUACAAAUAACUGGGUUGAAGCAGCUAUUUCCAAAAAAUAUAUAAAAUAUUACGAAUUUAAAGAUUUUCAAAACAUUGAAAAAAUUGGCAAUAAUCCUGGAAAAGUUUAUCGUGCCAAAUGGAAAAAUUUGAAACAAUAUUUUGUGUUGAAAUCAUUUGACCUCGACAAUACUUUUGUAAAGGAGAUUAUCCAAGAGCUUGAAUUCAAUGUACAUAACAAUAUUAUUUUCUCUUUUGGAAUUACAAAUAAAGGUAUAAAAUAUGACGUUAAUAAAAAUAGAUAUUUACAGUAA